AUGGCUUCAUUGUUAUCAACAGUUAUGGAAUUCGGCAAAGUUUCUGUGACCACGCAUAUGCCACAGACAGCUAUUGGCAUGUUGCUUGUCUUUACGCUGACCAUUUGGUAUUUCACCGAUGCAAGGAGGAGGAAGCUUCCACCGGGUCCGCCAGGAAUCCCUCUUUUGGGUAACUUUUCGGACAUGGCAGAUUCAGAGAAAGUUCGAAGCAAGGUGGUCGAAUGGGCUCAAAAGUACGGCGAUGUUGUUUACACCAAGAUCGCUGAAGUCGACUACAUCUGGCUCUCGUCUCCAACCGCGGUCAAAGAUCUCAUGGACAAGAAGUCGGCCAUUUAUUCAUCCCGUCCAAAAAUGCCUUUUGCCAUGGAUGUUGCCAGUGGUGGAAAACGUCAGCUUCUUAUGCCAUACAAUAACGAAUGGCGAAAUAUUCGGAAAUACAGCCACCAGCUACUCAACCUGAAUGCUUCCAAGGCAUACCAACCCAUCCAAGACUAUGAAUCUCUUCAGAUGAUGUAUGAUAUGCUGAAGGUUCCGGCUGAGUUCUAUAAACACAAUCAACGAUAUUCUGCCAGCGUCAUUAUGACUGUCGCGUAUGGUAUCCGGGUUCCAACAUUUGACAGCCCCAUCGCGGCCCGCAUUUACAAGGUCCUCGAUAAUUUGACGGAGAUGUCAGCACCUGGAGCUCAAGCGGUAGACUCCAUGCCCUCGCUUCGUUAUCUCCCCCAGUUUCUCCUUGGAAAUUGGCGUGACAAAGGGCGCCGGUAUUUUGAGCACGACUCGGACGUCUACUUGACCAUGUGGAAUGAUUUGAAGAAAAGGGUGGAUGAGGGAACUUCCAAGCCAUGUUUUUGUCGUGAUUUCUACCUGAGUGAUCCUGCCAAGAAUGGUAUCGACGACCUGGCUGCGGCAUAUACCUGUGGUGGUCUUGUAGAAGCUGGCUCAGAGACAACUGCGUCAUCUCUGAACAACUUAAUUCUCGCCAUGUGCCAAAACCCCGAUGUUGUCAAGAAGGCACAAGAGGAGCUAGACCGAGUGGUGGGGAACACCAGAAUGCCUACCUGGGACGAUGAAUCGAAUCUUCCAUACAUUCGAGCCAUUAUCAAGGAACUCCUUAGAUGGAGACCCGUGAACAAGUUUGGGAUGUUCCAUGCAAACACCGAGGAUGACUGGUACAAAGGAAAUUUUAUUCCCAAAGACAGCGUUGUCAUUCUUAGCUGGUGGGCUAUCCAUUACGACCCAAAGAGAUAUCCAGAGCCGGAGAAAUUUAAGCCAGAGCGCUACCUGAAUUACAAACUAUCGGCUGCUGAUGCUAUCAACCUCAAAGACCCACUAGAUCGUGAUCAUUUCUCAUAUGGCGCGGGACGUCGUGUCUGUCCUGGUGUGCACGUGGCUGAGCGCUCGCUAUACAUUAACGUGGCGAGGUUUCUCUGGGGGUUUAAUAUUUCUAAAAAGCGAGGCACUGAUGGCAAAUUUAUUGAGCCCGAUGAAAGGAUGGUCAGGGGCUUGCUCAGUGUUCCUAAUCCCUUCGAGUGCGAUAUCCAGGUCCGAUCAACCAAACACUCGGACUUAAUCGUUAACGAGUUCCAAGUAGCAGAGAGCAAUCAACAGGCUUAAG